AUGACGUCAUUUGUGAUAAAAACUAAGAAAGCGGCCACGAGCCACGACAUUAUUGUCAAAGUGAACAACGCUGCUAUUGGUUGGUGUGGUGUACUCGAAGUGCAGGCUUGGGAAAGUAUCACAAGCAUCUAUGAAACGAACGUCUAUGGGGUACUGCGCGUCAUCCGUGCUGUUGUUCCCUCUAUGAAAAAAAACAAAAAAGGGCGCAUCGUUAACAUCAGCUCAAUUGCUGGAAUAUAUUGCUCCCCGUUCUUCACUGUGUAUGGCUCAUCAAAAUAUGCUUUAGAAGGAAUUUCGGAUUCUUUGGUCCCUGAGCUUGCAUCGUUUAAUGUUCAAGUUAGAAGAAAUGCAAGAACGGGGAUAGAAAGGGAAACCAUGAACAAGAAAAGCAAGGAAGAAUGGAAAGAAGAAAGAACAGCAGGACAAGGCAGAAAAAAGCAGGAACAAGGCAGCAGGGGAACAAAGGAGGCAGAUGCUUAA